AUGGCUCAACUUCAAGUAACAAUAGUGGAAGCAAUUAAUUUAAAGAAAAAAGAUUUAUUUAGUGAAAGUGAUCCAUUUGUUCAAAUUUAUCUUGAUAAUAAAAAUAACAAAUAUACAACAAAAGUAAAACAUAAUACAAAAAAUCCUCAUUGGAAUGAAACAUUUGUUCUUAAUGUUUUAAACGGACAAGAUAUUUUAUUCGUUGAUGUUUGUGAUAAAGAUACAAUAAGACAUGAUAAAAUUGGUUCAUUAGAAAUUGAUUUACGAGAUUUAUUCGUAAAAUGUAUUUUUUUUUAUAUUCAAAAAAAACCAAAUAUUUAUUUAUUUUUCUUAGAUAAUAGUGAUAAAUGGUAUGAUUUACCGGCUACAUAUGGUAAAUCAUCACAUGGAAAAAUUCAUCUUGUACUUGAAUAUCAACCAUUAAUUAUUUAA